CUCCCAUGAAUUGCUUUUUUCUUUUUUUUUCUUUUUCAUUGUUGAAUGAAAUAAUUUUUUUUUUUAUAUGAGCAUAAAUUUGGCAGCUGUUCAUUUACAUUUUUUACACCGAUGAAUCAUUGAUUCUACACCUUGUCCCCAUGUCUAGUCAAAAGCUUCUUUCAUCAACUCCGCCUCAUUAAAAUUCUCUCUCCUUCAACAUCUCAUAGAUUGCUCCAAUACCACAUAAGAUUUGGUGACCUGAACAACUAUUACUUGCAGUGGUUCAACCUCUCUCUCUCUCUUUUUUCUCUUUCUCUUAUGAACAUGCAGAGCCAUAUGUAACAACAAGAGAGGUCGAUACCAAGAACUGCAAAAACCAUGACUUUCAACAGAAGCAACCUCUUCUCGUUAUUCCUCUUCCACCUUCUUCUUGUCCCCACACAACUCCAAGCUCUCAGCACUGAUGGUGUUCUUUUGCUCUCUUUCAAAUACUCCAUCCUCAAUGACCCUCUCUCUGUUCUACGCAACUGGAACUACGAUGAUGAAACACCAUGCUUGUGGACAGGUGUCACCUGUACAGAGCUUGGGAUGCCCAACACACCAGACAUGUUCAGGGUCACAAGCUUGGUACUUCCCAGCAAACACCUUCUUGGUUCCGUCACUCCCGACUUGUUCUCGAUUCCGCAUCUAAAGACCUUGGAUCUGUCCAGCAAUUUCUUCAACGGGUCACUCCCGGACUCGGUCUUCAACGCCACUGAGCUUCGGAUUAUCUCCCUUGGAAGCAACAAUCUCUCUGGCGAUUUGCCCAAGAGUGUCAACACUGUGAUGAGUCUCCAGCUCUUGAAUCUCUCUGCUAACGCCUUUACCGGAAAAAUUCCGCCCAGCCUCUCACUUCUGAAGAAUCUAACGGUCGUUUCCUUGACAAAGAACUCCUUUUCAGGUGAUGUUCCAGGUGGUUUCGAAGCAGUACAGGUUCUUGAUUUUUCUUCAAAUCUUCUCAACGGCUCUCUUCCUACGGAUUUGGGAGGGAGAAGCUUGCAUUACUUGAACCUAUCACACAACGAAGUCUCGGGCGUGAUUUCUCCAGGAUUUGCAGAGAAAUUUCCACCAAACGCCACAGUCGAUGUCUCCUUUAACAAUCUCACAGGCCCAAUCCCUAGUUCCCUCUCUUUACUCAACCAAAAGGCCGAGUCUUUUUCUGGUAACCCAGAGCUGUGCGGGAAGCCAUUGAAGACCCUUUGCUCAAUUCCUUCUACUCUUUCAAACCCUCCAAAUAUCCCUGAAAAUACUUCACCGGCGAUAGCGGUCAAGCCCAGAAGCCCGGCUCCAAUAAACCCUUCAACAGAAUCACCCAUUCAGACUGCAGAAAGCAAGCUAAAGCCAAGCACCAUUGCCGUAAUCACAGUUGCAAACAUAGCUGGUCUAGCUAUCAUAGGUCUAUUCGUGCUCUACGUGCACCAGGUCAGAAAACGCAGAAGGUCCCCAGAAUCCAGCACAUUCGGCUUCUUCACAACGUGUCUGGACAAAAGCGAAGCCAAGAAAUCGAAUCACCAACCGAAACCAAGCGUCACGGAGGUCAAAGCCACAGAUUCACCAGAUGCAAAAACGGCAUGCGGCUCGUGCAUAAUCUUGAACGGAGGAGGCUACGACGAGACAUCGACAUCAGAGAGCGACGUAGAGAACCAGCAGGCAGUUCAGGCAUUCAGCCGAACAGAUGGUGGGCGUCUAAAACAGAACGCUCAGACUCGACUAAUCACAGUAGACGGCGAGACUAGGCUAGAUCUAGACACUCUACUAAAGGCGUCUGCUUACGUAUUGGGAACCACCGGAACCGGAAUCGUGUACAAGGCGGUGCUGGAGAACGGCACGGCAUUUGCGGUGCGGCGGAUCGAGACGGAGAGCUGUGCGACGGUGAAACUCAAGGAAUUUGAGCGGGAGGUUCGAACCAUCGCUAAGCUUCGACACCCAAAUAUCAUCAGAAUUCGUGGGUUCUGCUGGGGAAACGACGAGAAGCUUCUAAUCUCCGACUAUGUUCCCAACGGCAGCCUCCUUUGCUCCCUCGCCGCCACAAAGGCAAGCUCAAGCUCGUCGACAUCAUCGUUGCAAAACCCACUAUGUUUCGAGGCACGGCUCAAGGUAGCAAGAGGAUUGGCACGAGGACUAUCUUACAUCAACGAGAAGAAACAUGUGCACGGUAACAUAAAGCCCAAUAACAUUCUCUUGAGCUCUGAGAAUGAGCCCAUCAUCACAGAUCUGGGCCUAGACAGCCUCAUGACACCAGCGCGUGAACCUCACACCACUGGACCAAGCUCACCGUACCAGCCACCGGAAUGGUCUACGAGUCAGAAACCAAACACUAAGUGGGAUGUUUAUUCAUUUGGCGUCAUACUCUUAGAACUUCUCACAGGCAAAGUUUUCUCGGUCGAUCAAAAUAUAGAUGAUUUAACCAGUUUUGAAGCAGAAGAGAAAAGCCGAUUCUUGAAGUUGAUCGACGGUGCAAUAAGGAGUGAUUUGGCUCGGUAUGAGGAUGUUGCAAAGGAGAGCUUUAGGUUAGGGAUUGAAUGUGUCUCUUCCUUGCCUCAGAAGCGACCGUCUAUGAAAGAAGUGGUGCAAGUGUUGGAGAAAAUGUAUGUUUAGACGUUUGACUUCUUGAGUAAUAUAUAGUAGCAUAAGUCGUGGGCAACCUAUAAAAUGGAUUUGUCUCGUGCGUGUUUUAGAUUUACUUUCUGUCCUAUAAGCUGUGUAUUCCUAACUCUUUUUGUUUUUGGUUCUAGUUAAUCUAUAAUACAACUAUAUCCUACUAAUUAGUCAAGCUAUGCACACGAAAUACCGUGAUGUGUACAUGGAGCUUAGAUACGCCAUUUCUGAUAAUGAGACGAACA